UUUUCUUAAAACCUAGGCCAGGGUAGAGCAAGGGUUUUAGCGUGAGAAGCAGCGAACUCCUCCUCGUUCGGAGGCACAGCCAUGGCAGCCGUUUCGCGCUUGUUCGUGAUCCCAGCGGCGAGGCCCGUUCUCGCCAAAACCAUAUGCUUCAUGUCCUCUUUUUCAUCUCGCACGCUCGAACCGUGCGAACCGUCACCUUCCCCUGCGCGCUCCGAGGAAGAAUCGCGAAACGUGAGGGUUUGGGCAUGGUGGGACUUCAAGAACUGCCACGUGCCCCCGGAUUUCGACGCCUCCAAAGUCGCACCGACAAUAAUGGAGGCAGUGAGAGCAAACGGAAUCAAAGGACCUCUCAACAUCACCGCUUUCGGCGACGUUCAACAACUCCCCAGGGCUCACCAGGAAGCACUCGCCUACACCGGCGUUCGCUUCAUCCACGUCUCCGACGAGGGAAGAAACAGUGCCGACAUUCUCGUUGAUCUAAUGUAUUGGGUUUCUCAGAACCCUCCGCCGGCGCACAUAUUUCUGAUAUCCGGCGAUAGAAACUUCGCUGGCACGUUACACCGCUUGAGAAUGAGUAAUUACAAUAUCUUGCUCGCUACGCCGGAGAAAACUCCCACUGUUCUCCACAGUGCUGCCACUAUAGCAUGGAUGUGGGAUUCGUUGCUCAACGGAGAAAGUCUUACUGGGAAGGUCCUCAACCACCCUCCUGAUGGGCCUCUUGGCUCUUGGUAUGGAAGCUACAAGGAGCCGGUGACGGUGGCGGAUCCGGCGACGGAGGAACCGGUCACAGUUGCAGCUCCGCAGGCUACCUCGUUGCCCAAUGUGGAGGUCUAUGGGCCUUCUAAGAUCACGGUUCCUAAGUCGGUUUUGACGAAGAUUUGCAAUAUUUUGAGUUCGCAUCCCAAAGGGAUGAGCAUUGGUAAUCUUCGCGGUGAGUUGAUGAAAAAUCAUGUGCGUUUGGAUAAGAAUUGGUAUGGACAUAAAAAGUUUUCCCGCUUUCUGUUGUCGUUGCCACAGGUAGAUCUUCGGUCUACUGGUGAUAGUUCCUUUAGUGUACAUUUGGUUCCUGUGGAAUCCAUGGAACCAUGUAAGAACAGCUCUUUGGAAUCAACAGUUUCUGAUGCUACGAAUGAGGAGAAAGGAUGUGCAGAGGCACCAAAGGUAAAUUGUGAGGGUAAAAGUAAGGUUAGGGAUGCUGACGGGAAAUUGUCAAUUGCCUCGGUCUCUGAAAGGAGUAUGGGUGACGAUUUAAAAUCAGUACAACCGGGGCCUUCAAAAGGGAGACCUGUUGAGGAAAAUGAGUUGCGGAAGUCUGCUGUGGAUGUGGGUAAUGCUCCACAGUCAGAAACUGAACUGCCACAUGAGGACAGCAAAGAUUCCAAAACUAAGAUGGAUACCCUAAAAAAGAGUUGUAAAAAAUUGUCUGCUAAUAACACUGCUAGGUCUAAAGUUGCUGGUAUGGAAAAACAUACAACUAAAGACAAUCUCUCUGCUGGAAAUGAUCAAUCGAUGGUGGAAAACAAUGUUAUGGCUAAUUAUGAGUCUGGAAAUUUUGAAGCAAAGAAUAAAUGUGAGAAUCGAACUAGUAAGGAGGUUGACGAUGUUUUUCCAAGCCUAUCUCCACCAAUUGAUGACUCUGAGGCCGCCCAAAAGCCUGUCGGAAGUGCUGAAACUAAUAAAAGAAGUCCAACACUGUUUCAUUGGAUUAGACGGUGGUGGCCAUUUGGAAAAAACAAUGAAAAAUAUGAUGAUUUGACGGCUCAUCAGAGGGAGGGGGUUAGUCAUGUUGAGGAUUCCAAGUUAUCUGAACUGGAGCAGACUGUUAGUCAAACUGAAGAGGCCAAAUCGUCUGAACUGGAUCACACUGUAAGUCAAUCUGAAGAACCCAAGUUAUCAGAACUGAAUCAGAAUGGUAGUCAUUCUGGAAAGCCUGAGUUAUUUUCCAGUGUUUCCUUUUGGAAUGAUAUGGAAUCUUUUAUGUUUGCACCCAAAGGAUCAUUUCUUUUCUCCCAGUCAAGAAGCAGGGAGGAUGUGGCGCAAAGGUUACAAAAUGGAGGACCCCUGCUUCUCAGAUCGCUCCCCAAAAAGGAUAUCCUUCAAUUGGUUGAAAUGUUAAUAGCAGACAAAAAAUGGUUGGAGGAAAGGCCGUCCCAAGCAUUACCUUUUAAGCUAACUCAGCCAGUUCAUAAGAAUUUAUCGGUGGACCAAUCCCAUGGUGGCAAUGGUUUGAGAUCUAUCUUUCUACGCAGAUCAUCACAAUCUCUAGAACAUGAUGUGGGGAAACACAAUCAGAGUGUUCCUCAUACACGCAUUUCUGCAGCGGCUGUUGAAACAAAACGUAUUGAGAGAUCUAGAAAUGAUAUAUUAGAUGACUGUCAGAAACUUGUUAAUGAAAUAGUAAGGGAACACCCAGAGGGAUAUAAUAUUGGUUGUUUCCGAAGACUAUUUGUUGAUAAGUAUGGCUAUCAUCUUGAUAUACAGAAGCUUGGUUAUCAAAAAUUGGCAUCCUUGCUACAGAUAAUGCCUGGGGUUAAGUUUGAGUCUACUUACAUGUUUCCUUCUAUUCCUGCUGCAUGUGAUUCUGAUUCUGAUACUAUCCUCAAAACUAAAGCAAUCGCUGAUAGUCAUACAGUCUCCAACUCAGACAGCGAAUUAUCUGAGUCAACCCUGGAAGAUAAUGACAUGGAAUCUGCAUUGGAGGAGUUGGGUCCUGUUCCUAUAAAAAAUUUAGACAAGAGUGGUUUGAGUUUAAAGUCAAGUCAGAAAGCUAUAGAACUAGAUAUAUCAAAAUCAAAGCAUCCUGGUUAUGAACUUGUUCUAUCAGAUGACGAUACUUCUGCAUCUGAAGGAGAUCACUCCUAUUUAACUCAAUCUGAAGAUCAGAGGAAAUCAAUUUGUAAUGAACGGGACAGUUCGUUUUGGCAAACUAUGGAUUUGUGGCACAGCUGCAAGGAAGGAGAGAAUGAUGUCACAAAGUCAGACAAUGUUGACAGCUUGAAUGUUUCUCUGACUCAUAUUUUAAAUUCAUCCCGUGACCCAACCACUGCUUUCCCUUCCAAAACAUCAUCAAAUUACACAGAUAAACAAAGGGCUCACAAGAACUAUAACUUCGUUCUUGAUACAGUCUUACCUGACAAGGAUGAGUCAAAGAAAACUGAUGAGUCAAAGAUGCAAAAACAGAGUAAUUCCUGCUGCAAGUAGAACCCGAGUCUUAGACUUCCACAAUAAGAAAUUUGGGAUGCCUGGUCUAAGAUUACAGAUAGAAGGAGAUGGUGGUACUAUUCUUCACGCGAAGGAAUUACUGUUUUUGCUGGCCAGGCCCUGGCAUUUCAAUUGAGGAAGAUUCAGAUGGUUGCUAUUGCAACUCCAGAAAUUCUUCCCAUUUUUACAUUUACUAUAUUGUGAAUCUUUACAGUUGGAACAGCUGAGUUUUAUCUUACUAGGUAAUAGGAAAUUCUUGACUGCUGGAGCAUGUGAGUUUUGGUGUUUACGUGCUGUCUUGGCAGGAACCCUCCUUCGAAUAAACAGCUACACGACUUGGUAUA